AUGGAAGCUUCUACAAACAGGACUGAAUUAAUGGAUGCAGAUUUUGUAACGGAUUUAAAUAAUCAAUGGAUUUCUGAACACAAUGUGUCUGAAAAUGAAUCGAUACCGAAUUUAGAACAUCACUACGAUAUCAAAAAUCCCGUUAAAUACGGUGUAAGGGACUUAACAUCAGAUUUUCGUCCUUAUAGUGAAACAAAUGCGCAUUUUUCCCACAUUACGUAUCAAGAUCAAGAGUCUGCUAUACAUAAUACGAAUAAUUAUUAUCCGAUAACUAUAAAUACUGGAACACUGGGUUCUUUUCCUCACAGCAGGAACGCUUAUAACGGUCCUCUUUUUCCUACCUUUAAUAUCAAUGUUAAUGAUCCAGUGAAUACGUUUGCCAAUCCUAAAAUGCUAAAUACGAGUGUAAAUACAACUAAUAAAACUUAUGGGAUGAAGAAACCGAAGCGAGUGCGAACAGCGUUUACAACUGAGCAAAUAAUGCAGCUAGAACAGGAAUAUGCAAAAACGAAAUAUCUUGAGCGAAACCGACGCUUGGAAUUGUCACAUACACUACGGUUGGGUGAAAGAACGAUAAAAGUGUGGUUCCAGAAUAGACGCAUGAAAGAGAAGAAAGAUAAAGCUGAGGAAAUGGAAGAAAUUGAGGCCACCAGCACGUCAGAAUCGUCACCUGAAAGAUACACGCUCCAGACUUCCUCGCAUUUUUAUCAACAGAAUUCGAUAAAGACAACGCCACAAGAUCAGGACUGGUAUAGAGGGUAUAACAAUUACAAUACAGUGUCAACAUACUCUGAUACAAUGAGCUUACAAGCAUACAAUAAAGCAACAAUUUCAUUUUCAAGUAAUUUAGAAUCUGCAAAGGAUGAAAUUUUCAAUCUUGAAGAACGGCAUUCAAGAGUAAAUAGUUGCACGCAAUUUCUGGAAAAUGAUGUUUUACAUCUAAAAGAUUGUCAAAACAUAUUAGCUUCAGCUUUAGAAACUGUAGAAAAUAGUUCUAAAAUUCGUUUAAGUGAUGAAGAUCUGGAACUAUCUUGGGAGUUAAUUAACGAAUUAUCAGAUUAA